CGCGCGGCUCCAUUGUGCCCUCGGAGCGGGCGGCGGCGCGAUGGCGCGGGCGGCGGCGGACUUGGGGCGGCUGGCGGCGCGGAGGGCGGGCUGAGCGCAUGGAGCAGCACAAGCCAGGGCCCAGGGCGGCGAGGGGCCGGGCCAGGCUGGCUGGAGGGACCCCAGCUAUGUCUCCAUUCCAGGUCUUCUUUCUCCCGUCCGAGAUAGCAGAGCAGCCCAGCCCCACGGAAGCACGUUCCCACUCAUCUCAGGCCCGGCCUUCAGGCUGCUCAGAAGCCAAUGAACCCCAUGAACCCCAUGAAACCUGCCCUGCCCCCUGCACCACACAGUGAUGGUCCAUUUGCUUAUGAGGUGUUGCCUUGGCAGCAGAGUGCCACCCAGCCUGCAGGCUCGCUGUCUGUGGUCACAACCGUGUGGGGAGUUGGCAACGCAGCACAGAGCCAGGUUUUGGGGAACCCCAUGGGCCCUGCAGGGAGCCCCCCAGGUGGCUCUAUGAUGCCUGGCAUGGCGGGGGGCAGCUCAGCCCUGAGCUCCCCACAGUGUCUGGGGCAGCAAGCCUUCGGUGAGGGAGGUACUGCCAAGGGCUACGUGCAGCAGGGCGUGUAUGGCCGUGGCAGCUACCCCGGGGGCCCUGGCUUCUCCACGGGGUAUGCAGGGGGACCGGGAGGCCCGGGGGGCCUGGGCCUCCCUUCCCACGCUGCUCGCCCCUCCACUGAUUUCACUCAGGCAGCGGCAGCAGCUGCUGUGGCUGCUGCCGCUGCCGCCACCGCUACGGCCACUGCCACGGCCACUGUGGCUGCCCUGCAGGAGAAGCAGAGCCAGGAGCUGAGCCAGUACGGAGCGAUGGGGGCCGGACAGACUUUCAGCAGCCCGUUCCUGCAGCACGGGGGUCCCCGCGGGCCUAGCUGUCCCAGUGGCAUGAACUCUACAAGCAUGGGAGGGCUGAUGGGUCCCUCGGGCAUGAACACCAUGGGCAUGAAUUCUACCAGGGCAGCAGGCCUGGCCCCUCUGUAUGCUGGGCAGCGACUGCCCCAGCAUGGGUACCCUGGGCCCCCCCAGGCCCAGCCGAUGCCCCGACAAGGGGUCAAGAGGACCUACUCCGGUGAGGUGUAUCCGGCCCAGCAGUAUCUCCCGGGAGGCCAGUAUGUGCCCAGUCCAGGGCAGCCCACAGCUGCCUCCACCUACCCUGGUCACAGGCUGCCGCUGCAGCAGGGCAUGGGCCAACCCCUGUCCACUGCAGGCCCUGCAGGACUGCACUACAAGCCCACUCGUUCCAUCCCUGGCUACCCCAGCUCCCCACUGCCGGGGAGCCCCACGCCGCCCAUGACCCCCAGCAGCAGCAUCCCCUACAUGUCCAGCAGCCAGGAAGUCAAGUCUCCCUUCCUGCCUGACCUCAAGCCCAGCGUGGGUGCCUUGCACCCUUCACCUCCUGGCAGCGGCCCCUGUGACGAGCUGCGUCUGACCUUCCCCGUGCGGGACGGGGUGGUCCUGGAGCCCUUCCGUCUGCAGCACAACCUGGCUGUGAGCAACCACGCCUUCCAGCUCCGAGAUUCCGUCUACAAGACCCUGAUGCUAAGGCCUGACCUGGAGCUGCAGUUCAAGUGCUACCAUCACGAGGAUCGGCAAAUGAACACCAACUGGCCAGCCUCCGUGCAGGUCAGCGUCAACGCCACGCCCCUCACCAUCGAACGCGGCGACAACAAGACCUCCCACAAACCCCUGUACCUGAAGCAUGUGUGCCAGCCGGGCCGCAACACCAUCCAGAUCACCGUCACAGCCUGCUGCUGUUCCCACCUCUUCGUGCUGCAGCUGGUACACCGGCCCUCUGUCCGCUCGGUGCUGCAGGGCCUCCUCAAGAAGCGGCUCCUGCCCGCAGAACACUGCAUCACCAAGAUAAAGCGGAACUUCAGCAGUGGUACAAUCCCUGGCACCCCUGGGCCCAACGGAGAGGAUGGGGUGGAGCAGACGGCCAUCAAGGUGUCCCUGAAGUGCCCCAUCACCUUCCGAAGGAUUCAGCUCCCUGCCCGAGGCCACGACUGCCGCCACAUCCAGUGCUUUGACCUGGAGUCCUACCUGCAGCUCAACUGUGAGCGGGGGACCUGGAGGUGCCCUGUGUGCAACAAGACAGCACUGCUGGAGGGCCUGGAGGUAGACCAGUACAUGCUGGGCAUCCUGAUUUACAUCCAGAACUCUGACUACGAGGAGAUCACCAUCGACCCCACAUGCAGCUGGAGGCCAGUGCCCAUCAAGCCCGACCUGCACAUCAAGGAGGAGCCGGACGGGCCGGUGCUGAAGCGCUGCCGCACCGUGAGCCCUGCACACGUGCUCAUGCCCAGCGUGAUGGAGAUGAUCGCCGCCCUGGGCCCUGGGGCCACCCCUUUCACCCCCCUGCCAGCCCCCGCGGCCCCAGCUGGCGACUAUCCCAGCCAGGGUGCCUCCUUCCUGGGACCUGGGGCCUUUCCCGAAUCCUUCCUGUCUACUUUGCCCAGCACACCCACCCUCCCUGAGUUCACCCCGGGGCCACCCCCCAUCUCCUAUCAGUCCGACAUUCCCAGCAGCCUCUUGACACCAGACAAGUCUGCCGCCUGCAUCCCAGGCCAGAUGGCACCAGCGGGUCACCUGGACCCAGCCCACAACCCCGGGCCACCGGGGAUGCACACCUCCAACCUGGGUGGCCCCGCAGCACCCCAGCUCCACCAUCCAAACCCCCCUGCAGCAGCCCGGGCACCCCUGGGCCAAGUGAGCUCAGGUCCUGCAGGCGAGCUGGCUUUCAACCCCACCAGCAGUGUGAUGGGGCCCCCCAUGGCUGGUGGUGGGGAGGCCCCAGAACCUACCCUGGAUGCACAAAGCCCCCAAUGGAGAAAAAAGUCUCAGGGCCUCCUGCGCUUGCCGGGUUCUCCCUGGGAUCGCUCCCAGGCUCCUGUGAGGCUGCCUGGGGUGGACACUGGACAGCCAGUUCUUGUUGGACAUCUAACCGCAAUUGCUCCCAGAACUGACCAACCCUGAUGAGCUGCUGUCCUACCUGGGCCCGCCUGACCUACCCACCAGCAGCAACGAAGACCUGCUCUCCUUGUUUGAGAACAACUGACCCAGGCAUCCCCGCCCCCCCCCAGGGGCCAGCCCUCCUCAUCCCUGCAACCUCCAGCCAUGGCCCCACCCCCUGGAAACAACCCUGGCUGGGUAGCCCAGGCAGAGACCCUGACCCCCAACUCACUGCUGAGAUGCCCGCCCCUGCUACGUGCCCAACCCCCCAGCGGCCUCAUCUUGCCUGCUCCCCCUGGCCGCUUCUACACCCCGUGAGUUGGCUCUGAUCCCCACCCAGGUGUGUGUGUUGGGGGGGAGAAGCCUGGCACCCUCCAAGCCCUCGAAGGGCUGCGGGGAGACAAAAGCACAACGGAGUUACUGUCCUGGAAACACAACGCUGGGGUGGGGGGGGGGGGGGGUCUCUGUGCCCCACUCCUUUCUACCCACAUUGGGAGGCAGUGCCAAGGCCCUACGUGAACAGCCCCCACGUUUUUAGCCUCCCCCAUACACACACUCACUGCCCCGCCCUCUCCCCACACACACACCCAGGGCCAGGCUGGGAGGGGCCACUGCACCCCGGGGAGCUGUCGCGCCCAUCUGUAUUAAAGGACUCUGGAGGUGGCCA